AUGGAUUCAAGGAUCACUGUGAUAUUGAUGCAUGGUGGUGAGAUAAGUUUGCAUGUGGAUGGCACUGCCUCAUACUUUGGGGGAACUAUGUGUGUGUGGGAGGAUCUUGAUUCUGACAGGCUGAACCUAUUUGAUCUGGAAGCUAUGGCAAGGGAACAUGGAUAUGUUAUGACUAUGAAGAUGUGGUGGCGUAAUCCUCAAGUUCCAGAUGUGCUUAAGUUAAAUGAACUUUGCACUGAUUCUGACCUAAUGGAUGCAUGCUUAGCAUCUAAGUCCAACAACCAAGAGAUCGAGAUUUACUAUGAGCAUUUGGAACCAGUCCCUUUUGAGGUUAUUCCACCCCCUAAUUUUAAUGAGGAUGAGAAUGUUGUGAUUGUGAUUACACCCCCUGUGGUCCAUGUGGUGGAUGAGGAGGAAGUUAUUACACCCCCUGUGAUGGAGGAGGUUGAAGUAACCCAGAAUGCCCCCAACGGAACUCCUCAGACACAAGCACCCCAGAAUAGGAGGAGGGAUGGAAAUGAGGAACCAGUUGCUGGAUCAAGAAACAGGAGUAGGGCUGGAAGUGAGCCACCUGUUCCUGCCACAAGAAUCAGGAGGUCAUAUCCUCCAAUUACUUGUACUAGGUGUGGCCUAACUGGUCACAACACCAGAAGCUGCCAUAACAUUGGUGCACCAAUAAGGCCAACAAAUUGGGUUCCACCCCCACCUGAAGUAAUUGAGGAUGAGGUUGAUGUAUCCCAGAAUGCCCCCAAUGGGACUCCUCAGCAACCCCAGGAAACUCCUGCUGCUACAAGACCUAGAAGGAAUGCCAACAGACCUAGAAGAAAUGCUACUCCUGCUGAUACAGCUCCUGUGCCUACAAGUAGUGGAACUGCCCCUCUUUCAAACACUAUGCCUGCUGGAAUUACAAGUAGGCCUGCUGCUACAAGACCUAGAAGGAAUGCCAACAGACCUAGAAGAAAUGCUACUCCUGCUAAUACAGCUCCUGUGCCUACAAGUAGUGGAAAUGCCCCUCUUUCAAACACUAUGCCUGCUGCUGCACCUAUUGGGUUUGUGAUUUGGCCCAAUAGACCAACUGGAAUUGCAAGUAGGCCUGCUGGAAUUGUUUAUAGGCCCACUCCUGCUCCUGCUGCCUAUAGGCCCCCUUCAAUUAGGCCACCUAGGCAAUCAGUGGAAGCAUCUUCCUCAACUCGUCCACAAUUCCAAGCUUCAACUUCAGUACCACCAAGGGCAGAAACAGCAAGAAGCUCACCACCACCAGGGCAAGUGACAUAUGCUUAUCCUGGACGAAAUAUGUGUUUCAUGCCAACACCUUCUAUGUUCCAAAACACCUCAGAGGACAAUUGA